AUACGGUGCAGCUCCUUUCCCAACGCUGCACGUUGGUUAGCCAGUACUUGGGUGGAAGCUUCCUACGCUACACUUCACCUGUAUUUCCCGAGGUGCUCUGUCAAGCAGAUAGUUAGGUCGUUAAUAGGAAGGCCAUGGCCGACACGGCCAUGGCUUCAUUGCAGACUGGCGGGGCACCAUCGCCAUUCUCUGCUGCAUUACCGAUAGGCGGCCUUGAAGCCCUUAAAUAUGCAGCCCAAGCGGAUGCCUUUCAGGACGACCCUAACUUUUAUUCCUGGCUAGAGGACUUUAUUGGGAAGCAGGACGAAGAGACGGUUAUGGUUGAUGCGUUUAGUACGCUGAACGACUUCAACAUGCAGUUCGACGAGUUUCAGCAACAAAAGCUGCAACACCAGCAGCAGCUUCACGGAGAACAACGGCAGGUGGCCAAUUCCGCGCAUGUGGCUCCUUCGGGUGCUCCGGUGUCGGAUAUCGCCAGUAUUGUAGGAACCCAAGCCGCGUCUGGAUCAAAUGGUAUACAUCCAACCGCGGAGGGCUUCAGCUUUAGCGCCCUGGCCGCAAGCUUGCAGCGCCACCCACAGCAGCUCCAGGACUUCUUCCCACACAGAAUUUCCUCCUCAUGCGCCUCCAUGGCGUCACACCCUUCCAGUCAUCCCAGCGACAGUAACAGCAACAGCAAUAGUCAGAACGUCAUUGGCUCGCCGUCAUCGGAGUCCGCCGACCUAAGCAGCACGCAUCAAGGCGCCAAGAUGGCUGCCGACACUCCGGUGCUGUCCUCUCAGCCCCAGGGCCCACAAGCAGCGGCACCGAUAGCCAAACAAGCUCGAAUGGCAGCUGCUGGUGACGUCAGCGCGGGCGAGCAAAUGUCCCUUGGGGCGUCAUUAGCCCCUGGCGACAGUGGGCUGUUGGCCGACCUCCACAAUUAUCUCCGCGGCGGUGCAGCCGACCCGAAGCUGUCCCUGAACGCACCGGCAGCGGCCCCAAUGCACAGCCACGGCACGGUAUCUUCUUUUGUGGGUCUGCCAUUUCCGGGCGCCUCGCGACCUGGCCCGGCUGCCUCCGGUGCUGGCGCGCAAGCUGGCCCCGGCAGCUGCGGCGGUAACGCUCUCAGCAGCGGAGUACCCUCCUUGGAUGCUCUCAUUGCCCGUGCUGUUUGCGGCAAUAGGAGCGGCAGGGACAGCAACAUCGACCGGCGUUUAACCGGCUUGGCUAGCAUUGGGCUCAGCGGCUGUGGAGGUGGAGGUGGGCGAGCAGCAACCGCAGCCGCUGGUGGCAUCGCUGCACAUCUGCCCCGCAACACCAACACCAACAACAGCACCUCGCCUAUUGGCAGCAGUGGCGACAUCAGCGGGUCGUGCGCGGAGGUGAGGGCCUUGAGCAGCGGUGAGCUGGCAUCUGGCGGCUCCGGCUGCGUGGAGGGGCUACAGCAGCAGCAUGCGCUGUCCAGUGGCGGCGGCGCACUGGCCAAGUUGUCCCACCUCCACCGCCACCACCCGCAGCACCCGCAACACCACGGACGCGGCAACUCCUCCGCCCAUGUGGGUCAUCAGCACCCCCACCCCUCCCUCCACAACCACCACAACACCAUUCCGGUCGCGCACCAAGCACACGUCGGCAAGCUCCCCUCAUCCCACUGGGGCGGCGGCCGCGGCGCCGGCGUCAGCGCCGGCAGCGGGCGGCCCACCCGCAGCGCGCGUGCCAAGGCAGUGUUUGCGGCUCUGGAGGCGGAGGUGGCGGGCAAGAUGGACGAGCUGGAGGCGCUGCAGCGGGAGCAUGCCACCCUGGCCAACCGCGUGGAGAUAUUGGAGGUGGCGUUGGAGCGGCAGGGUGUGGUGCUGGCGCUUAUGGAAGGGAAGAAAAGCAGUGGGGCGGCUGGCGGUGGUGGUGGUGGUGAAGAGGGAUGUGAUGGGGACGCGCAGGGAGCGGCAGCGGCAGCAGGGAACGGCAACAAGAGGAGCGCUGCGCAGGCGUUUUACACGCCAAAGUUGCUGGCAGCGGCCUACGCGGGUGGGUCAGCAGCAGCGGCAGGGGCGGCUGGGGCGGGGCAGCCCGGGGGUCCGGGUCUGGGUCCGCUGGCGCUGAUGGAGGCGAUGUCGGCUGCCCCGGGCGCGGUGGACAAUGCGGAGCUGGUGGAGUGGGCGCGGGGCUGCACGGUGGAGGCGUACAAGAGCUGGUACAAGGGGUCGCUGCAGGCGCUGUCGCUGGCGCUGUUGGCCCUGGAGGAUGAACCCAACAACCCCGCUGCGGAAGCCAGGAUAGUGCAGCUGGUCGCGGAGGGCCACGCGCGCACCAGCCUGGUGUGCCUCUUCCAGCCGCUGGUGCAGCUGCGGCUCAAGGGACUCAACCUGGAGACGGACAGCUACGACGAGCCGUCGGAGCAGCACUGGAUCGAGGUCAUCAAGUUCAUGUCGGUUCCCUGGGAGGGCGUUGUGGAGAUGGAGACGCUGUUCCACUCGUACAACCUGCUGCACGAGUCCUUCCGGUCGGAGCUGCAGGACACGCAGCGCGACCUGCAGCAGCUGCUGGAGUCGCAGCAGGGCGACCGGCUGGGCAGGCACCGGCACUGCUCGGGGGAGGCGAUACACAACGUCAUGCAGCAGGUAUCUCUGCUGAAGCGCGUGCGGCGCAUCCUGCAGAAGAUCCACCUGCUGUACAGCUGCACCAUCGGGGUGGCAGCCAUGCGCAUUCUCAAGCCCAAGGAGUUCGCCAAGUGCUGCAUCCAGUCCUACCCCUACUACCCCUGCGGCCCCUCCCUCAUGAAGGCAUGCGCGCAGUUCCGGGUCAUGAAGGCCCUGUACGGCCUGCCGGGCUGCGGCUGCUGACACUAGGGAGGGGCAGGGGGGCGGGGGCCGCAGUCCUUGCGAGGUGCUGCUGCUGCUGCUGAUACUGCUGCUGGGACUGAGCUUGCGCAUGCCCUGGGAGCCCCCCCAGGAGGCAGGGUGUCUCUGUGCGUCUUACCAACUUUAACUGCGUCUUACCAACUUGAACCGCUUGUUCUGUGAGAGCAGAACCGAACAAGUUUGAAUGCAUUAACUUCAAUAUUUCCACGCGUGCAAGGGAAUAGCAACAGUGUGCAAUGUGUUGUGAUGGGUCCGCCGUGGGGAUGUGCCCUGCUUGGCAGGCUAGGCGGAGUGCCGGUAAUACGGCUCUGUGGGGCAAUGUGUUGAGGCACCUCCUCCUCCUGUGAUGCAUAGUCACGCACAGGGUGACCAGUGAGGUUGGGGCCGGUUGUGGGUGUUGGUGAAUGUCGGGUGUGUGUUGUAGCACCUGAGCGGCUUAACGCUCCUGACCGUGGCUAUUCAGAUGUGUGGCAGGUCAGGACGUCCUAGCUUGCUGAUUGGACGCUGCUGGUCCGUGGUGGUGGUGCUUCUCCUGCUGUCGCAUGCAGCCUGGGCGCCUGAUUGAUGCUACUUACUUGGGGUUUUGCUGCUGAGGCUGCGUUGGGUGUGGGGGAGAUGGCGGAAGGUGAUGGGGCACGAGUUCUGUGUGAUACAAGGGCGUCGGCCCUUUGCCUUUGUGUCAACGUGCCUGUCAGGCUUCCCGGCGGUUCCCAACCGGCAUGUCAUAGGACCGAAUUCAACCCAAUUCGUGUUGCUUGGUAGGAGAAAUACCUGUCUGCAUACAUCUGUUCGAAUCCCGGGCAGUUUCGAUCCGGAUGGAAGUCGUAGCAGUUCCCAUGUGUGGCCGGCUGUGGGGGGUGCAACAUACCGGUACAUAACACAGCGGAAGGCCCGCUUUCGCAUUCGUCCGCCGUUCGGUUGUCACGGUUGAUGCACCUUGGUUGAUGCACGGUUGAAGUUAUCUCGAUACAUAUACUAAUCAUCACUGUCAUUGUUGCAGCUCGUCCGCAAGUCUUGAAGCGGCUUCGCAUGGCGGGUCGGCGGCUGCUUUGCGGCUUGGUUUCUAAUGUCGUAUUCCAGCAACGUCUGAGCAUGGUUGGGGGUGACGGCUUUGCAUUGUAGUAUGUGGUGUGGCAUGUUGUCGUACAGUACUUUACUUGCUGGUGCGUUUCCCUGCGCGGUAUCUCUGCGAAGCGGUGCUGGGGGUAUCCCGGGCUGUCCGCCGGUGUUGUAGCCGACCCUCGUACUUGCCCUAAUACUCGUUUUCACGUUCUCCGCUCGGAGGUGUGUUGUUAUCGUUCUCAUGGUGUAGGGUCCCCGCUGCCCGAAUGGCGGCAGAUGUGUGGGAGCAUUGGGGAUUUGACGAACUUCCUAAGGAACAUAGGAACAUAGCGUCCUGGUGUGUUCUUCAGCCGGCUGCAUGCGGGUCAUGUCGCCUUCUGUGGUCGGGCCGUCCGUCGUGUACUAAGUAAGGGUACUGGUAGUAAUAUUAUGAAGUGAUUACCGGUACUAAAGCAUUGCGGCGUUUUGUCCCUUUUCCUUUGUGGGAGAAGAGAAAUGCAGGACCCACGUGUUAUCCCGUUUGUCACGCGACAUGCAUGUUGGGGCAAUCUGGACCCGUAGCUCUGCAGUGUCGUCACAACUGGGCCGUGUGGUUUUGUAAUGAUGGCAGCAGAUGAGGGAAUGCAGGGGGUCAUCGUCCUCUCGAUGCCGUGUCGCGGCUGGGGCUCCACCCAAAAACCGUUCUGCCGUACAUUUCCCGUAAUGUUUGCGUGAGAGGGCUUCACUUUGUUGGGCCAGAACUCGA